AUGGUGGAAGCUGAAGAGUUAAAUGAAGUGUACGCUAUCAAGAGAGCUAAUCCGGAGGUUCCCGAGGUCUUAAAUGCUAACAAUCGUGUCGCUAAGAAGAAGCGAGUAUCGCCAGCAGGGCAAACUGUAUCCAAGGAAAUCACGAUGAAGGAACCAAGACCGACAAGAAAGGCUCGUGUGUUGAAGGUGCCAACCAAAUCAUUAAACGUGUGGAACAAGCUUUCUGAACUGGAUUCUGGUUUAUCCAUCUUGGACUGGGUUGCGAUUGACAAGGACGCUGCUAAGGAUCUCGUGGAUGGUCUUCGUGAUCUACGGAAGCAAAGGCCAAAGCGUACUAAACGGCACUUGAUGGAGAUGGAUGGUGGCAUCAAGGAACCUCCAAACAAAAUCAAUGUUGUCCAACAUGCUGCUGAUUCUGAUGUCUCUGAGGCUUCUUCAUAUUACGACUCUGACCCAUCUAGUGAUGGUGACUCCAUGGCGUCUUUCAGUUCAGGCACUGAUUCGGAUCUCAAUUUCGAUGACACUCACUCAGUAUAUCGUUAUCCUUACGAUUUAGCAAAAAUGAAAUGGAGUUCCCCUCUCAAGGCUGAAAUAUCGAUCAAUGGAAGGAAGGUGAUUGCUUGUUUCGAUACCGGUGGCUCCAUAAGUGUUAUCUCAAGGUCCUUGUGUGAAUCUCUAGGUAUGGCGUGCAAUGGCGACUCUCUGCAAUUAGUGGGGUUUAACAACGAAUCUGCUGGUGCGCGUGCGGACAUUGUGAUGGAUGUACCAAUUUGCAUCCAAGGCAAACACAUAAGGCCAGAGCAUAUGUGCGUCCAAGAUCAAACGAAUGCGGAUCUCCUAAUCUUGGGUAUUCCAUGGUUGCAGGCUUAUGGUGUUGAACUGGACAUUGCGAACUCUAUUAUCAAGGUACCUACCACUUCUGGUCUUGUUAAGUUGCAGGGUUUUACCUCGCACAUUCCAGGUUUGGUGCACGACAAAAGCAAGGAAAUUUACAAGAUUGAACUGGCCAAGAAACAUGCUGCAUCGUUGGAGGAAGAUCUGAUACCGGACACAUUUGAGGAAAUCAAAUAUGACAAGGACAAUAUUGCUGAAGGUGCCCCAGAAUUUCUACAUGAUUUACUAAAUGAAUUUAGCCAUGUCUUCUCUGAAGUGUCGGGUCUGACUAAAAUCAAGGGGCACAAAAUGCGUGUGCAAGUCGUGGAGGGUGCGAAACCUAUCAAGAGUAAAUGUUUUCGUCUGAGCUGGGAAGAUGAAGACGCUCUAAACAAGUACGUGGAUGAAAUGUUAGAACUGGACCUAAUCGAGGAGGCUGAUGGCACUUGGAGUUCUGCUGCGUUCUUGGUUGGGAAAAAGGAUGGCUCUCGGCGUUGUGUAAUCGAUUACAGAAAGGUGAAUAAGUUGAUCGUACAAACAAACUUCCCAACACCAACCGUGGCGGAACUGACUGAACUGACGGCUGGAAUGAAAUAUUUUUCGUGUCUGGAUGCUUCUUCUGGGUACCACCAACUGGAAAUCGAUCCUGAGGAUACUUUGGCUCGUGACCUCACAGGGUUUGUUACAAAGCGUGGGACUUUUCGGUACAAAGUAUUGCCGAUGGGUAUAUCAGUAGGCGGCUCAGAAUUUCAAAGAGCGAUGCACUCUAUUUUUAAGCAUAUGAUUGGUGAAUCAGCUUGCAUUUUCUAUGAUGAUGUCUUAUGCUUUUCUAGAACAAGAGAAGCUCAUGAAGCACACUUACGGGAGCUAUUUGAAGCAGCGGAAAGGGCCAACUUAAAGUUCAAGCGAAAGAAGUGUCAUUUUGGGCAAGAAUCGGUUGAAUAUCUGGGGCAUAUUAUUAGCAGCGAAGGUUCAAGACCAGGUGAUCGCAAUGUAGAGAAGAUCAAGUCAUUUCCGCCCUGUCAAAAUGUUUCUGAACUCAAGAGUUUUCUUGGUCUUACUGGUUUUUUUAGGAAGUUCACACCAAAUUAUGCAACAAUUGCCAAGGAGCUAGUUAGCCUCACAAGAAAAGGAGUCAAAUUUGUAUGGGGGCCAGAACAACAGCAAGCAUUUGAAACUCUUAAGCAAAUCCAGUGCAGUAAUCCGGUGUUGGCUUUCCCCGAUCGUCAUAAGGUGCAAAUACUUAGCGUUGAUGGCAGUCUAUCAGGCCUUGGUUGUGUUCUUACCCAAGUAGAUCAAUUCAAUGAGCAUGAUCGCAGUAAUGAGCAAGUUAUUGGCUAUGGUUCCAGAAGUCUCAGAGGGUCUGAAAAGAAUUGGCAUAUUCAUGAGGUCGAGGCUUUCGCAGUGGUUUGGUCAAUCCAACAUUUCCAACACUACCUUAAAGGAAGAGAAUUUAUAUUGAUCACAGAUCAUUCAAGUUUGGUGUAUAUCUUCAACCCAACUAAGCAAUCUCCCAAGCUGUCAAGAUGGUGCGCUGCUGUCAUGGAAUAUAAUUUCAAGAUCUUGUACAAACCGGGUCCCUCUAACAUAGCUGAUCCGCUAUCUCGCUGCAUUCCAUUACCCGAGUUUAUCAAGGAAUUUGGGCCUGCUCGAAUUGUGUAA